AUGGCCGCACCACUGCCAGCGCCCGUUAGCCCGCCACUAGCGCCCUCGACCGCGCCAGAAAAGAAAAAGCAUGGGUUCCGAGCCACCAUGAAGCGCCUCUUUGGCGGCAAAGAGCCGUCCGAGGCCAGCGCGCCAGCGACUAUUGUGGUACCAUCAACACCGGCGUUAGCAUCGGCAUCAGCAUCGGCGUCCAUCUCGGUCUCGGUCGCGUCGAGUACGUCGGAUGCCCUCAGUGUGAGCCACGUGUCGCAUUCAGAGGAAUCCGAACAGGUCGAGGUGUGGACCCGUGGCAACGACGAAGCGUCGCAGUCAAAAGUUACGAGCUCGUAUGCCAACCCUUCGGCGGUGUCCAUGCGUCCGUCGUCGUCGUCGUCGACACUCGUACCGAGACAAGCGUCGGCACCGAUGACGCGUCCUCGCCGCGACACGUUCGACGAUAUGUUUGAAGGCCCGCGGCAGGUGCAGCCUCUCCGGGACCUCCAGACGCGCGCCUUUGAUAUCCCGUCCAUCGAGAAGGUGCCGACGCGUGAGACACGGCGAGGGACGUUGGAAGACAAUGUCUUUGGGUCGUCACCGACAACCACGUCGGUAUCGUCAUUGUACGGCGCGUAUGCAUCGGUGCCUGGCGCGUCACGCUACGGACCCGAUCGGUUUGCGCUGCCUGCGCGCCCGAGUCGGUACGCGCAUGCCGAGCCGCAUGCGACGACCGCCGGCGACUUUGAUGUGGACGACGACGACACCACGAAGCGCCACGAAGCCGAGUUCGAUCCGGUCUCGGGCUCGUACAUCGUGCCGCAAAAGGCGCUGGUCGUGCGGCAGCCAGUGUCCGAGGUGUUGCGACAACCGGUGGGUCCGCCGGCGCUCUCCGAGACGACGGGGAUCGCCAUCGUCGACAAGCUCUCGUCGCUCGAGCACGAGCUCGCAGAACUCAAGAGCUUGCUUGCAGCGCGCAAGUCGCACCGUCGGUCGAACGCCGCUAGCAUCUUUGAACAAGAGAGUGAGAGCGAUCGUGACGCGACCCCGUCACCGCCGAUUGACGACCAGGCGUCUGGCAAGCCGCAGUACGAGUCGCUUUUUGCUAUCCAAGGACGCCGCGGUCUCCAAGACGACAAGGGCAACGACGAUGAUGACGAGGAAGAAGACGACGCGCCCGUCUCGCGCUGGCCGGGGCGCCACAAGCCCCGACGAGGCCGGUCGCCCGUGCCCCAAGUGGCUGCGAAGAAAGCAUCGAACCGGCGGUUCACGAUGGACGACAGCGACUCGUCGCCGCCGCGCAAGCCAAAGGACUCGUUCGACGGUCUCUUCACGGAAGCGUCGCCGUACAAGGAGGAGCUUUUCGGUGACAACGUCGCGUCGAGCGAUGACGACGAGCGCACCGAGAGCCGUAGUACAACCAAGCGACUGCAGCAUAUUUACGGCUCGGACGAAGACAUGUCCAAGGCGACGGGCGACGACGACGCGGCACUGCCGAGCCUCAAGCGCAAGCCCAAGGCGCCAGCAAGUACACUAACCGAGGCGGAGGUGUCACCUCAGCCAGCACAAGUUGUCAAGCCAGUCACCAAGCCCCGAGUGCGCAAGGACUCGAUCGACAACCUCUUCCAGGACGACGCCGGAAAGUUUGACCGGCUCUUUGACGACAAGUCGCGUCCGGUGACGGCGUCCAAAAACCUCUUUGAUGGCUCGAGUGACGAAGACGACGUGGCGACACCGCUGGCGUCACAACCGUCGACCGUCCGUCCGAUGCCAACCGAUGACGACAAUGACGACGAGGAAGACGACCUCCCAAGUUUGCGGACGGCAAAACGCUCUAUCCCAACGCCAACUUUGGCCCCGGCAGUCGUUGUCGCCGGAAGUAGCUACUCGGACGAAGAGGAGUUGCCGAGCUUGCGGUUGCGGUCGUCGACAGCACCCGUCACGACGACGCUGCCCACUCCUACGCCCGCUCCGUUGCUUGACCUGCCGGUGCAGACCUGCAGCCUGACGGACGUGUCAUUCCCGAUUACAAGAGACGUGUCUUUGGAUCAUUUGGACGACCUGGUGAUGCAGUCCGAGACUGUGGAGACCGCGGUUGUCGAGACCGCACCUACGGUCGACGAGGCAGCUCCAUCAGUCGUCGAGACCGCACCUACGGUUGACGAGGCAGCUCCAACAGUCGUCGAGGCAGCAUCCACCGUUGCCGAGUUCUCACUGCCGCCGAGUCAGGCGUCAGGAUUCGUCAUUGAUCUCGACGAGGAGUUUGACGAUGGUCUUUUCGGCGCAGCUACAGUUCGUGUCGCCACUCCUUUGACGACGCCAACCGCACAAGAGCCAGCGGCGACGACUGCCGCUUCGAUGUGGUUGUUUGCUGAUGACGGCGGUCGAAGCUCCACGAGCUCCUUGGCCCGCGUUGUUACAGCUGAGAAACCGCAAGACGAGGCAUCCGCCUCUCUCUUUGACGAAGCGUCGUACGUGCGGAUCGAAGCAGCCGACGUACACAGCUCGCCCGAGAUGGUCGGCGUCGCGGUACCAGCGCCCGAGAGCGCGCCAGCCGACUUCGAGUCGUUCUAUAUAUCGACCGAGCCGUCGUCGAGCGUCGACAGUCGCAUGGAUGACACGGCAGCCGACGACGGUGACGAUGACUCAACGCCCGAUCCCUUUAGCUUUGAGCGCAAACCCAACAAGAAGCGGCCAACUGUCGCUGCGCCGGUCCUUGUGCACCGACCGUCCAAGCCUUCUGGCAUCGACGAAGACAACGACGGUGGUAUCCUCCUCGGACACGACGCUACGCCAUCCGCCGACGCUGGUCACACCGAGCCGGACGACGUCGACUUGGCCAAGGUCGACAACGCCGAGUUCGAUGCGUCGUGGCAGGCGAUGCAGCAGGACGAGAAGGCGCGGAAACAGAACGUCCUCAAGCGUCAGCGCCAGCUCCACAAGCAAAAGCUCAAAGACGCCGCCGAGAAGAAAGCGGCAGAGAAGGAGAAGAAGUCCAAGUCCUCCAAGAAAAAGACCGACCGGGUUGCGACUAAAUAA